AUGAACCACAGGUCCGCCAUCAACGGGUCCACAGACACGGGACUCAGGCUCCCUCCCAGCACGGCCGGCCAUUUUGAGCUCGAAACGUUUCCCUCUAUUACACUUCUCGGCCAGAGCAGCCCGUACUUCAGGACGUGUCUUUGGAGGCCUCAGCAUUCUGCCGUCGCCGCCGCGGCCCGAGAGGGGCGAGACGUGUCCGAGGCUGCCCAGGAACAGGGACCGACAGUGGUGGAGAUUGUCGACAUGGUCGAGAAGGCGGCGGCUCUUGCAGACGCCACGCGCUUCAUUCACAACUUGCCCGAGGGCCUGGGCACUAUUGUCGGGGCCAGCGGGACGCGGCUCAGCGGCGGCCAGAGACAACGCAUCGCCAUUGCCCGAGGGCUCGUCAAGGAUCCCAAAGGCAGAACCGUCAUCUCGGUGGCCCAUCGUCUAUCCACCAUCAAAAAGGCAGGCAAGAUCAUCGUCAUGAGCGACGGCCGGGUCGCGGAGCAAGGCACAUAUAGUGAGCUCAUGGAAAAGCACGGCACGUACUCUGGUUUUGUCGAGCUUCAAAACCGAAACACUCGUUCCGCGGGCCAAAUAGUUCACGACGGCGCCUCGAUCUGCCUCGUGAAGCGGCGCCAGCGAGUGAUGCGGUCGAGAAGAGCGGUUGCUGGCCUAAGCGGGUCCGUCAUCGGCACCGUCUUGUCCAUCUACACCAACCUCGUCGCGGCCAUUGUCCUGACGUUUGUCGUGGCCUGGAAGAUUGCCAUUCUAUGCCUGGCCAUUAUGCCGCUCCUUCUAGGAGUCGGCAUUACGCAGCUGCGCACCCUGGCCAAGUUUAAGGAGAAGCACGAGCAUGCCUUUACUAAGUCCGUCGGCAUUAGCGUCGAGGCCGUCGACUCCAUUAAGACCGUCGCCGCGCUGUCGCUCGAGGACGCAAUCUUAGCAGAGUACCGCCGCACGCUCGACAGGCCGCGCCGCGAGGCGAUGGCAAUCAGCUUCUACGCCAGUCUCUGGCUGGCACUGCAGUAUCUUAUCGGCAACCUAACCUUUGGGCUGGCGUUUGCUGCGAGAGGAGUCGGCCCAGACAUCCAGUAUCAAGCUUCAGUGGGCGACGACCUUCCGCUCUUCCGCGCACAGGACGCCGCGCUCGAGGCGCUGCACUUUAGCACGUACCCCUUGAUGCUCGCGUGUUCUCUCUAA